UCUUCGGUGUCGGUUGUGUUUGUUUGCAAAUACGGUGUUAAUAAAGUAUUUAAUCAAGGCCAAAAUGGGAUUGACACAAUAUUUUAUUUUAAUUUUGUGCUUUGCGGGCGUCUUAUCCAAGUCUAUUAAUAUUUCCUAUCGCGGUGAGAAUGAGACUCAACCCUUCAUAGAGAUCGGUAGUAAAUAUUACUUAAUAAAUACUGCUACUACGAUGAAUUGGUUCGGUGCGGCGCUUUAUUGUCACAACUAUGAUAUGGAUUUGGCCGUAAUUGAAUCGCUAGCUGAGAUGAAUGCAUUGAGUUCUUAUUUAACCACGAAUGAAGGUCACAUUAGUAAACGGUUUUGGCUCGGUGUCACCGAUUUGGCCCAGGAAGGUAAAUUUAUGUCACUCAAAGACGGACGUCCAAUGCUCUAUGCUAAAUGGGCAGGCGGUCAACCAGACGAUGCUGGUCAAAAUGAGGAUUGUGUACAUCUUCGUUCUGAUAGUAAAAUAUUCUUUAUGAACGAUGUUACUUGCAUGGGUCAGUAUUAUGCCAUCUGUGAGCUGCGACACCCGAAGAAGAGUUGUGACGUGUGUGAUUUGAAAAAUUUUAUGGAAAGAUUCAUGCAACAUACAAAUGUUCCACACUGUCAAAAUUAGUUAGGUGGAAUACCUUUUUUAAAUAUUUUAUAGCGUUAUAUGUGACUGAUGGCCGUGUGGAUAGAGAUAAUCCUCUUUAUUUGGAGACUUUAGUUUACUUUCCAAACAAAAAUAAAAAAUUGUCAAAAUCGGAUUUCUUAUCAGCAGAAGCUAGAACAAACAUUUUAUACAGAAAAAGUUUAUAAAUGAAUUUGAUAUAAUAGUACAUAAUAAAACCAACGCGAUAUCGAAUUAAUACGAAAGCAUUACCAAAAGACCGA